AGUUUGGAAAACAUUAUUAAGGUGAGAGAGAGUGUGUGUGAGAAAGAAGAGAGAUGGAGCUUUCUCAGCUUGGUUUCUUAGAAGAAUUGGUAGCUCCAAGAAGAGAAACAUGGAAUGCUUUGUCCAGUGGGUUCUUGGAGCUAUUGUCUAAUGGUUGGAGUUUUGACACUUUUCUUGAGAACCCAUCUUUCCCCAUCUCUAACACCCUCUUUGGUGCAUUUUCAGCACCAAUAGACCGCAGAUUUGAAUGCCCUUUCACCAAUGAAGUACCACCAUACCCAUUUCCUGAUGCCUUCACAAUGUCAUUGCCAGAGCUUGAACCUGGGAACGAUGAUCCCUCACCUCCACUCCCACCCACACUCGAGGAUGAAGAUAUUGGCUUUUAUCACACCAACAAUAACAACUUUCAAGAAAUCAAGAGUGUCUGCAAAGUUGAGGAACAUGGUGUUGAGAAUCUACAAGCCACAGAGAUUCCACUCUUCAACACAGCCAUGUCUGAUGAUGUAGAGAGAAAAGACAAGUCCAAAAAGCUAGAGGGACAGCCCUCAAAGAAUCUCAUGGCAGAAAGGAGGAGAAGAAAGCGUCUCAAUGACCGUCUUUCCAUGCUUAGGUCAAUAGUCCCCAAAAUCAGCAAGAUGGACAGGACCUCUAUUCUCGGGGAUACUAUAGACUACAUGAAAGAGCUUUUGGAAAGGAUUGGCAAGUUGCAAGAACAAGAGGUGGAAGAGGGCUCAAGUCAGAUUAAUCUGUUGGGCAUUUCAAAGGACCAACUCAAACCAAAUGAAGCAAUUUUUGAUGUUGAAAGGAGAGGCCAGGACACUAGGAUCAGCAUUUGCUGUGCCACAAAGCCUGGAUUGCUACUAUCAACCGUCAAUACAUUAGAAGCAUUAGGCCUUGAGAUUCAGCAAUGUGUUGUAAGCAGCUUCAAUGACUUUUCAGUGGAAGCAUCUUGUUCUGAGGUUGGUGAACAGAGAAAUAGCAUUAGCCCUGAGGAGAUAAAACAAUCACUAUUCAGAAAUGCUGGGUUUGGUGGGAAAUGUCUCUAGGAGAAAGAUGGGAAAUUGAUAAAACAAUUUGCAGAUGGUGUUAAAGAAGCAACUUUCCUUCUUUAGUUUGUAAUACAUGGAAUAGUGAAGUAGAAGUUUUAGUGAGAUUCAGAAUAAGCUGGUUUUGAUGACGAUUUCUUUCUUUAAGCCACACCUUGUGUUUUAA